AUGUCCUUCGUCACCACCCUGAAAGAACAAUCGCCCGCCUACGCUGCCUAUACUGCCCUCCCUCGCCAGCCCAAAAAUGCCCCUCGCUUCACGGACAGUCCCCACGGCUAUCCGAUCGUCGAACCCGGCGAGCUGUUCUGUCGGAUGGACGGUGUCGGACGGCCAUGCUGUGGCACGAAGCUGCUGUCCACGGAGUCGCUGCUUUACCACAUGGAGGCAGUCCACGGUGCUAUGAGGACGAGUCGGCCGGUGGAGAAGCAGUGGAGCAGUAGCGAUUUGGGCGAGUUGGAGAGGUUGCACUACUUCUACAAGCAUCUGAUGAAGGAUGAGGCGUAUCCCGGGAAAUCGAAACAUGAGGGGUAUUCAGGAAAGGCGAAAACUACAAUCAGUCCGGAAGUCGAAGCCAUGACCAGAACAACCGCACCAACACGAACACCAGACGCACCGAAACCUGGGUUGAAACGCAAAUUCCCCUUUCCUGCCAGUAACGGCGGCGCACAUCGCACGAUCCCACCACCAAGAUCUACGCUGAAGCGCAAAAAGACUGCCGAAGAGUCCUCCACUGACGCUUUCGUCGCUCAGAUGAUCCUGACUCCCAAUAAACGUCCUCGACCGACCGGUCUAACCUCAACUCUGCUCAGAGCUUCACCACCCAAACCUCCAUCCCAGAAACUCGAACCUCUCGCCCUCCGCGGCGAAAAGCUCCUCAAAGAGAUCGCCGUCAAAGAAGCCAGCAUCAAAUCAGAAUUGAAAGAAAGCCAGCUGAAAGAAGUCAGAAUCAAAGCAGAGCUUUUGGAGGCGCAGCUAUUAGAAGCGCAGAUUGCGCAGGAUGUGUCGAAGGCGAAACUGAGACAAUUGGAUUUGGGGAAGGAGUUGAAAGAGAUUGUGGAGAAAGAUGGGAGGGUGAGAGCGAGGCUGGAGGGCGUUGCGGAGGGGAGGGGAAGGGUGGUGGAUUUGUUGGAUGAUGAGGAUGGGUAG